AUGAAAACAUUGUGGGAGUGCAAAUAUUUCGAACCUAUUUCUUAUGGAGAACUUUUCACAUAUACGACUGACUUAUAUAAACAGAACCUUGCACCAUUUAAAGACUUGUCAUAUGCUCCAAAGUAUUGUGUACAACUGAAGAAGAAAGCUGAGUCAAAAGAAGUAAAUAAAAAUAAGUGCAAGUUCAUUCCUGAGCACGUUUUCUUUGCUGACUGUGAGUGUAGCACAGACGGCUUUCAUAAAGCUUUUAACAUCUGUUACGACAGUGAAGAUGGUUCAGUGAGUGAAAGCAUUUGGGGUCAGAACUGUGCAACAGAAUUUUUGGAACGACUUCCUGACAAGAGUUUAAUAUAUUUCCAUAACCUCAGUUAUGAUAUAAACUUCAUCUUAAGACACAUGACAGAAGUGAAAGGAACUCCCAUCAUUAAAGGUUCACGAACAAUGCAAAUAACUGGCUUAUAUAAAGGAAGGGCAAUUAUUAUAAAAGACUCUUACAGUGUUAUAAAUAAGAAGCUUAAACUAUUUCCUGCUAUGUUUAACUUACAAACAGGACCGAAAGAAGUAUUUCCAUAUAACUACUACAGCAGUGUUUUGUUAGCAAAUGACAACAGAACUGGUGUCAUUUCUGAAGCAUGUAAGUUUAUCCGGGAUGCAGAUACAUUCAUGAAAAACAUAGAUUCCAUCAAAGGUUGCAGAAUAGAUGAAAACCACUUCGACUUAGAAAAAUAUAGCACAUUCUAUUGCAAACAAGAUGUAAGAAUUUUAAGAGAAGGUUUUGUUAAGUUCCGCAAUGACAUAUUGAAAGAAUUUGAUUUAAACGUUUAUGACUAUGUUAGUAUUUGUUCAAUUGCUAACAAAUUAUUUGAGAACAGAGUGUACUUCCCGAAUGGAAAUUUAUAUGACAUCUCAAAUAAACCAAGAGAAUUUAUUUCACGCUGUAUUCAAGGUGGAAGAUGUAUGCUGUCAGAUAACAUGAAACAAAAGAGUGAAAAGAAACUCAUUGCUGACUUCGACGCUGUUUCAUUAUACCCUUCAGCAAUUGCAAGACUCUAUACUUUAGAAGGUAUUCCAAAGGUUAUGAAGAAAGAAAUGUUAAGCACAGAGUAUCUCAUGAGACAUUUAUUCAAUGACGACCAAAAGGAACCCAUUGGUGAAAAGUUUAUGUCUGGCUUCUUUGUUCUCAUUAAGAUAACAGAGAUUGGAAUACAUAGACACUUUCCUUUAAUAGUUUGUGACCCUGAACUAAAUCCAGAACUUAACGUUCCCAGAAGUUCAAACACUUGCUGUUUAAUGUAUGUUGACCAUAUAACAUUACAAGACCUCAUAAAAUAUCAAGGUGUCAAAUGUGAAGUGUUGCAAGGAUACUAUUACGAUGGAAACAGAGAUAUUAGAAUAAGAGAUGAAGUAAAGAAGUUGUUUGAGUUAAGGUUAAAGUAUAAGAAAGAAGGAAAUCCUUUGCAAGAAAAUAUAAAGCUCAUUCUGAACAGUAUUUAUGGCAAAACUAUUCUAUCUCCUAUUGAGUCAAAAAUAACCAUAGUAAAUGACAAAGAUGCUAUAAGAUAUGCCAUCAGAAACUACAACCAUAUAGUGAAGUUUGAAGGUUUGGAUGGUUCAGAUAAAACUAUUUUCAAGCUAACGAAAAGCAUUUGCAGACACUUUAACUUCUGUCCACUUGGUGUUAACAUUCUGUCUAUGUCGAAGAGAAUAAUGUGUGAAGUAUUCUGUACUGCUGAGGACUUAGGAAUGGACAUCUUUUAUAGCGAUACGGACA